GCGCAGCGCAGUCACAAUUCGUUCGACUCCUGAGCAGGAUCGUCGCGUUGUUGGAGUGCAUUGGAGUUUCUCUCUCUUUCGUAUCAGAACUGCAGCUCAGUUUUUUGACAGUUCGUUAUCGUGACCGAAGCUCGUUCGAACGAUGCGUUUAUCGUGGGUGGUUUUAAUCGCGUUGCUAUUCGCGGUGGCCGCCGAAUGCAAACGCAAGAGGAAGUUUGAUGGCGACUUUGAAUUCGCCGAAGAGGAGGACACGCGCAGCAUUAAAGUUGGCGACAAGAAGCGCUGGAUACACGACCCUAACAGCGAUCUUUGUCGUCCGUUAAAUUGCAAGAAGAAGGAACUAUGUCUCCUCGAGGACACCUUCACCGCAGUUUGCGUCUCCAAGAAGGAAUUGCAAAAGUCUGGAGAUAUCGUGAUACCCAAGUCACGUGCCGUUCAGGAGCAACGCGACCGAGCUGAGGCUGUCGAAGACUUUGAAAAGGACGACGUGUUUUACGACGCGGAGGACGACGCCGACGACGAGGAUCAGGACGAGUCCAAGUGUCGAGAAUGUCCCGUGAUGAAACCAACUUUCCUUUGCGGAUCGGAUAACAGAACGUACAGUUCACCCUGUCGACUGGAGUACCAUAAUUGCAUUCAUCACACAUCCGUUCACAUCAGCUGCAAAGGAUUUUGCCCUUGCAAAGAAUCGGAGCUACGGAUGCACAAGAAAAAAAUGCAGAUGCAGAGGCAGAACUCCUUUCUUGGAAAGCUCAACCGUAAUCGGGACAUCACUCUCACCCCGAGAGACUUCAACUACGACAAUCAUCACUAUCAGUAUCUCAAGUAUACUAAGCAUGCCAAGCAGAUACCCGCGCCAGCGAGUAAUACCUACGAAGACAAACACCUUAUGUAUAACGAGGUGAUGGAGAAGACGCCAUCCUCUACUAAUCUGGUCCACAGUCCUCAGCCUCAAAAUCGCGAACCUGACUGUCCAUCGAAACCCGCAAUGGCCAACAGGCUUCUCGAUUGGUUUUCCGUCGUUAUGGCUGAUGUCAAACAUCGUCGUCAGCAUACCAAACCAAAAGGUCAUUUCCCUGCUGGAUGUCAGAGCGAAGUCAGAUGGAUGUUUGGUCACCUGGACAUUGAUUCGGACAGCCGAAUCUCUCUCACGGAACUUUAUGGACUAGAACAUGACCAAAACGAACCCUGCCUAAAACCAUUCCUCGACGCCUGUGAUACCGACAGAGAUGCCUACGUGAGCGGGCCAGAAUGGUGCGGGUGUUACUCGAAGGCUGAACGCCCCUGUGCCGCCGUUCGUAGACGAUCAUCUCCAGAAGUUGCACCAGCUUGUGAUUCCAGAGGCUAUUAUCGAAGCACCCAAUGCCACCGGGGGCUCGGUCUUUGCUGGUGCGUUGAUCCCCAUGGAGUAGAAUUCGCAGGGACUCGAACCCGCGGCACCAAGCCUGAUUGCGAUUCAAUCGUGAACAAAAUGAGCAACGGAGGCAUCAAAACAAAUAGCGUGGAUCUCGAAGACGAUGAGGACGGGGGUGCUGAUCCCGCGCAAGAUCUCGAGGGCUCUGCUGACCAGCCGUUAGAUUUCUAAAUUUUUCUGCGAUAUCAGCACUAGGUACAGUUCGACAACCCUACUUUGAAAACGAGGGUUUCCCCCACCUGUCAGCCUAAAAUACCUCUGUUGCGGUUGCAGGUCUCUCAUGUACGUUAAGAGCAAUCAAAGUGUGGUCAAAUUUGACUAAGCAAAGCUACGCAAAAUCUUAUGAUUAAGUUUUAUAGAUAUUCCCCUUGCGCGAUUCAGAUAUGGUUACUUGAUAGGGAUGCGUACAAUUAAACUGAUACUUAUUAUUGCUAUCCUAUUCUAAUAGAACAGAAUGGAAGUGUGCAAUGGAAGAACAAUCAAAGUUGUUAUUCAGCCACUCUGUCUACGCAUUGUGAGCGAGUGGCUUUCGCCUGUUGGCUGGAUUGUCAUUAUGAAUGUUGAAAAUGUAUCAUUCGUCUGAUUUGAGCAUACUUUGUAAUACUACAAUAAAAAGAACUCUCAUAGAACACAAAAAAAAAACCAUUGGAAACAAAUUUUUUAAAAAUACAAAGAAAACGAAAUGAAUAAAGAAAAGAAAUAAACAAGAGAAAUUCAAUAUCAGGGCAAAAACUUUGAUAUGUCCUUUAUACAAAGGGUAUUAGAUGAGUCUGUACCUACCAGGAUACCUCCAGGCACAACUGUAUUAUAUAUUAUAAUUAAAUAAUAUAAUUAUCAAGUAAUUAUGCUAAUAGAAUAUAGAUAACAUAGCAAUUGUCACUGCAUCAAUAACACAACAUACACUUCACACUAACACUAAAUUAACGGAUAAUACAUAAUACAUUCUUUCUAAGUUUUAACUAUUAGCUCUACCAUUAUACCUACCUAAUAAGCAUAUUACUGUCUAUGAAUUACGAUUAACGGGAUCACACGUAGCUGCACAGAUUUUAAUCGAACGAUUGAACAAAUAUGCAUUUAUCAUUCCGGAAUGAAUGUUACGUGUGUUCACGCACACGAUGCUGUGAGCCACAAUUUUAAUCCACAAGUACAAAGUCAUACUUUUUGAUCGAUUGCCAUUGUGGUUGUGUUUUUUGAGUUUUAGAUUUCUUUGAGACUGAUCCCCUUCCUUCGGAAUCAGACGUCUGUGCAGCUCCGCGAAUUAAUGUUUGUGUACUUCGUGAUACACCAAAAAAAUGCCCUACUUCACACCAACAACUGCUACUACUUAUUGUAACGAUAAGCGUUUUUACUUAUUAUUAGACCCUUACAUAACGAGUACGAGGUACACUGUAGAGAUUUAUGAUAAUAAUUAUUAUGUAAUCGGUAGAAAUGAUUUGUGUGACUAUGUAAGUAAGCAGUCUUGUAGUGCGAGACCACUAGAGCAAAUAUGCAUAGAUAUUAUUAUGACAUAAUAAUAAAAAUAAUGAUGAAUACCUAUCGCGCAUCGAUCAAGACGUGCUAAGCUGGUCAAAUUCCUGCUUAAGAUACGACACCUUUAUACUUGAAGUAAAAAAAAAAACUUGGAAAACCACGGAAUUUAGUAUUUCAACGCUCCAUCCCAAAACCCAGGGAAAUUAAAAUUAUUUUUUAUUGAUAGUGGCACUCUCAAUCUUGGACCGCUUUGACUGUUACUGACGAAUCAAUAUUUUCCGGAAUGAAGAAUUUUUGCAGCUAAUAUUGAAUUUCAACGCAAUUGAGUCCAAGGGAAAAGUUUACGAUAAAAUAACUAAUCAGACGUCUGCCGAAUUUCAUAUAUCAGUACUUACAAAUUUGAUUGAAAAUACAUAACUGCAGUUAUUUUGAAGCGAACUAUAGGCUUAUGAACUAUAAGCAAAUAAAUGUAAUAAUAUAUUUACCUAUUAAUAAACAUGACACGUCCCUUUUAGGCAUUCAAUUACCUAGGUAUACAUACAUUAUAUAUGUAGGAAAUAUAUCCAUAUGCCAUUUAGACUUGGAACAUCAUGCGUUAGGUAGUCUUAUACAUUCCCUUUAUUUCCGCAUCUGAAGUGCUCGACAGAAUUAUCACCUAAACAGUAGUCGACUUUAAGUAAGGAGCUCCAAAUAAAAGUUGUGAAAAUUUAUUUGAAAUUUUCUGUAUUGUAUAUAAUUAUAUACAAUGAGGAUCAUCGCUUGUGUGGCAGAACGGUCACGAUGAUUUUUGUAAUGUGUAUAACUCCUGAUCGAGACAUAAAGAAUUUUUACUAUUACCGGUAGCCACCACAGCACUCAUCUUCGCGGCAUCAUAUAACUAUAUAUAUGGAUGUAAGGAUUCUUUAUGAAUAAAGAUUGUUGUAGAAA